GCUCGGUACUUGAGGAAUGCCAGCCCAAUAUCACCUCAGUCCUCAAUUCAUGCUCUUGUCCAACAGCACUCAGUUUAGCCCCCUAUUCUACCUCACCAGCUUUCCUGGAUUGGAAGCCAUCAAACACUGGAUUUUCAUCCCCUUUUUUCUUAUGUACCUGGUGGCCAUCUCAGGCAAUUGUUUCAUUCUGAUAAUUAUUAAGACCAACCCUCAUUUGCACACACCCAUGUACUAUCUACUAUCCUUUCUGGCCCUCACAGACCUGGGACUGUCAGUAUCUACUUUGCCCACUACAAUGGGAGUCUUUUGGUUCAAUUCUCAUGGUAUCUAUUUUGUAGCCUGCCAAAUUCAGAUGUUCUGCAUCCACUCAUUUUCCUUCAUGGAGUCCUCAGUACUCCUUGUCAUGUCUUUUGACCGCUUUGUGGCCAUCUGCCACCCCCUGAGGUAUUUGGUCAUUAUCAAUGACCAGCGAGUGGUCAGGGCAGGCCUGAUUGUCAUCUUCCGGGGACCUGUGGCCCUUGUUCCUAUUGUCCUCCUCCUGAAGGCUUUUCCCUAUUGCGGGCCUCAAGUCCUCUCUCAUUCUUUCUGUCUCCACCAGGAGGUUAUACACUUGGCCUGCACAGACACUACCUUCAAUAACCUCUAUGGGCUGACUUUGGUGGUGUUCACUGUGAUGCUGGACCUUGUGCUCAUUGCUCUGUCUUAUGGAGUCAUCCUACACACAGUGGCAAGACUGGCCUCCCAAGAGGAGCAGCAUCGAGCCUUCCAAACGUGUACCUCGCACCUCUGUGCUGUGCUGGUAUUCUUCGUGCCUAUGGUGGGGCUGUCCCUAGUGCACCGCUUUGGGAAGCAUGCCCCACCUGCUGUUCACCUUCUUAUGGCAAACGUCUACCUUUUUGUGCCUCCCAUGCUUAACCCAAUCAUAUACAGUAUUAAGACAAAGGAGAUCCGCCAUGCUAUCAGCAAGCUCCUGGGUCUUAGAAAGGCCAGUGCUGAGUCCUAGGGCUAAAAUUCCUCUGGCUGCCCAGAAGAGGGUC